AUGUCUUUUAGAAAGAGAGGUGAAGUGAUAAACAGUGGAACUAGAAAUAAUAACCCUAAUUUAAUUAAAAAAUCUAUAUUACCAAACAGGGGUGGUGUAUUGCCAAAUAGAGGUCCAGUAAGUGCCAUAAGAGACAAUGUUAAUAGUUCCCGUUUAGCUAUUCCUGGAAGACAACCAGUAUUAUCACGAGGGCCCAUUGCUAGUAAUGGACCUGGCUUAGAUAUUGUUAAUGGAAUAAAAAGAUUAAACAUUAACAAGGAAAACAAUAUUGAUGGUCUUUCAAUUGAUAAAACAGAACAAAAUACAAAAUUAUUAAUGAAUCUAAAUCAUCCAGGUGUAAGGCCAUCUACAGUAAGCCAUAAUAUAGUCUCCUCCACUGGUUGUUACGAUUUGGAUAAACUUUUAUCCCAUAUGGGACUACCAUUAGGUCAUUCCUUGUUGAUUGAAGAAGACGGUACUACAGACUUUCAAUCCAUUCUUUGCAAGUUAUUUAUGGUUCAAGGUGUAGUACACAAUAGAGUCAGUAAAAGUGAAAACCCAAAUAUACAAGGCAAUACUCAUGUUAUUGUACUCUCUAUGAAUCAACUUUUAACCAAAGAAUUACCUGGAGAGUACAAGGGAUCCCGUAAAGAGAUUAAAAAAUCCAAAAUUCAGGAAGAAGAAUCAAAGUUAUCUGUCUCCAAUUUAGCUCUUCAAGAGGCCAGGUCACAACCAACAAGGUACUCAGAUUUAAAAAUUGCUUGGAAAUAUAAAUAUGCUGAUGAAAACUCUGGUAAAAAACGCUCUGUUGGCAGCAACGACGAGAAUGGUAAUGAUAUUCAAUCUGAAGAAUAUAAAAACUAUAUAUCUCAAUUCGAUAUAACAUCAAGAUUGAUGCCUGCAGCUACACCUCAGGAAUUAUCCUUUGUAUCUCCUUUACAACCCAUUACAAAAAUAUUGAAUCAAUUAGAAUCUUUAAUUGAGAAACAUAAGAACAAAUUAAUCAGAAUUGUAGUGCCAUCGUUUUUACACCCAGCAAUGUAUCCACCACAAAUGUAUGCACUAGCAAAUGCUAUAGGCUUAUUACAUGGACUGAAGAGUAUUGUCAAAAAAUUUGGUAACCGAACAAUAAUGAUGAUGACAGUCUCAAAAGAACCAUUAUCAUACCUGGUACAGAAUCAAAUGGAGUCCUUAUUUGAUGGUAUAAUUGAUUUAGAACCAUUCCCACAAGAAAUGCUACAGUAUUUGGAAAAAGUAUAUAAGAGUCAACCAAAUAAGGUGCAGCAUGGGUUAGUUCAUUUAAUUAAAUUGCCAGUAUUUAGUGAGCGUGGUGAAAUGCAUCAUAGACAUGCGGAAUAUGCAUUCAAGAAUAGUAAAAAGAGUUUCAAAAUUGAAGAAUGGUCUAUUCCAGUGGAUGAUUCAGUAGAUGAUACAGAUGAAUCACAUGAAUAUGAAAAAAACAACGUAUCCUCGCCAUUAAAUAAUAGAUCAACUCCAACAAGACAGACAAAACAAAGUUUUGACUUCUGA